GCCUUCGGAUGAUUUCAGCUUAGUCCAAGUGCAGUUCCAGCCAGAAUAUCACCAGAGAAUGCUCAAGGUUUUCGUGUUUUUCGCCCUUCUGAGUGGGGUCCUAACCGCCACGGUCAUUUACCAUCACCCUGUGGUCUAUCAUCAUCCUCUGCCGGUUCCCAGUUCCACACACCAGAAGUUGGAUCAACAUCCUGGCUACACCAUUGUGGCACCCCUCACCAAGAUUGCCCACGUCACCUAUGAUUCCGUGCCCAUUUCACACACGCCCUACGAACAUGUUCCACUCUUCCAGAGAAUUGGUCAUGUUAAGAACAAGAGGACUUAGCUAGGAUUACUAUAUAAAUAUGUAUUAAGAUAUCUCUUGUAGCUAGACCUCGAAUUUAAAACUUGGUUUAAUAAGUAUCACUGGAAACCUAACGUUAAAAUAUGAUUUAAAAUGUUAUCCGACAUCUGCUUAAACACAAUAAAUAAAAAGUAUUGUUAGAAAA